GUCCCAUUGAAUACGUUGGUUUUGUCCGAGUUCACAUGUGUGUCCAGAGACCCAUCCACGUUUCCACGGCGAUCACCCGCACCUCGUGGUAUCGUCUGAUGAGACCAGUCAAAGAGAGGAGCGAAGAUGCCGGCCUAGAGACUGCUUUUUACCUACCCACCGACACCAAUAGGCUGGUCCACAUCACUAACAAUACUACCACCAAAGAGCUGGUGUCGAUAUUACUGAAGAAGUUUUGCGUCACAGAUAAUCCUAAGAAGUUCUCUCUCUACGAAGAGUAUGGUGGAGAUUAUCGGAGACUAUUUGAAGAGGACAACCCGCUGGUGAUAUCUCUGGAGGCCAGCGUAUCGAACAGAAACAGCAAGCUAAUCCUGCGAGACAACACGUACAGUACGAUACAGUGGGACGCCUUUACGCACCCGGAGUUGAACAAUUUCAUACUCAUUCUGCGCAGGGAGGAAGAGCUGUACGUGGAGAAGCUGGCAGACAGGUUCAGGCUAUGGAAGGACUGUUUAUCUCAAGUCAUGAAAGAGAAAUUCAAGGAGGAGAUUUCGAGGCAAACCUACAUCGGCGACGAUUCUAGAAAUGACACGGAAGAAACUCCAACAACACUUUUAGAUUCAAGAACGAAGGCAUAAUUCUUUCACUUUCUAUUGUAAUUGUCAGCACCUUUCAAUUUCCUUGAUUUUUGCCUCGUAUAAUACAAAUCUUUUCUGAUGUAAUCCUUGACUUUCUGCAUUUAUGUAUCAAGUGUAUAUACAUUGUUACUGCCACUCUUUAUUUAUAAUUACAGUGAUUUGUAACAUUUUUGGCACCCGUGAUGAUAGUAAAUUUUCGAGAGUUUCGUGUGUGCAUUCGAGAGUAUGAUGC